AUGAGACGCGAACAUACUCCUCUAGGAUUUAAGGAAACCAGCCGGUCACCGCUAACGUUUAAAUCAGAAUCAUGUAACUCGAUCAUUACCAUACGAGUUUUAGAUGAGAAUAUUGUUCAUGUCAGACAUUUACCACCUGCACCAGCUAAAGCCUUGCCAGUGACACACAGUAUUGCAACUGGAGAUAUUCCAGUCACAGGACGCUUACGAGACGACAUACCGAAGGGCUUUGAGUGUCCUGUACCCAGCAUCUCUCAUAAUGAGAAUGUAUAUACCGUGGCAACAUCAGAGGUCACUAUCAAAGUGUCGAUACAGGAUGAAGGAGAUCUGACAAUAUCGUGGUCUGGAGUCAAUGAGAAAAUGCCAUUUUUAGAGGAUCUAAAUCAUCGAGCUUACGCGUAUGAUAAAGGUGGAAAUGGUGUUUGGCACCACGUAAGACGCCAGCCUGAUGAUUUACACUAUGGAUUGGGAGAACGCAGCUCGCUACUACUUAAUCGAAGACGAUUUCGACUAGAGUGUCUAGAUGCAUUGGGCUACUUGGCUGAUAGUGGCGAUCCACUUUACAAGUUCAACCCAAUAUAUAUCACACUCAAUAAAACAACUAUGGCUACCUACGGUGUAUUUUAUGACAAUCUGUCAACCGGAUAUAUAGAUUUUGGAUGCGAACAAGAUGCCUUUUGGGGUGAUUACAGAGCUUAUUAUGCAUCGCAGGGUGCACUUGACUAUUAUAUUGUAUAUGGUGGGAAUCAGGGCAAUAUGGAACGUGUUAUUGAAGGAUUUACAAAGCUGGUUGGAUUACCUCAAGUACCGCCUAAAUAUGCUUUUGGAUAUUUGGCUAGUUCCAUGGGAUAUGCCGAGUCGGAUGACGCACAACAACUGUUGGAAGCAUUUCCUGACUUGUGUCGCAAGCAUUCAAUUCCUUGUGAUUUAAUUCAUCUAUCAUCUGGCUAUACAGUGGACGAAAUAACUGGUGCACGAAACGUUUUCACUUGGAAUAGGAAGCGAUUCCCGAAUCCACAACGACUUUUUGCAAAUCUACGUAAUGCUGGCAUUAGAGUUACUGCCAACAUCAAGCCAUGGCUUCUAUCUCAGCAUCCCAUGUAUUCAGCUGUAGCUGCAGCCAAAGGAUUUGUAUGGGAUUGUGAUGAGGAUGCUCCUAGUGUCAUGAGAUUUUGGUCGGCUGGAGGUGGAGAUCACGCUAACGGAUCUUACUUUGACUUCACAUCGAAAGGCGGAUGGGACUUUUGGUCUCAGGGUGUCGCAUCGCUUCUAGACAUGGGGAUUGAGAGUAUAUGGAAUGAUAAUAAUGAAUUCGGUAUAAACGAUGACAUGCACACAUAUGCACUUAAAUCACUAGGAAGUAGUAAAACACCCGUUGGACUAGCAGGUCGCACUCUACAAACCUUCUUGAUGGCAAAAUGCUCGUAUGAUACCAUGGUAUCCAAGUUUCCAAAUCGGCGACCAUUUUUGGUAACUCGGUCUGGUUCGCCUGGCAUUCAUCGAUAUGUAUCCAUGUCUUGGUCGGGAGAUAAUACAACGUCUUGGUCGACUCUGAAACAUAAUAUAGCUACGGGUUUAGGAGCUGGAUUAUCACUGUUACCGUUUUAUGGACAUGAUAUUGGUGGAUUUGUAGGUCCUCGACCAUCACCUGAAUUAUUUGUCAGAUGGGUGCAGAAUGGAAUCUUUCAUCCGCGAUUUACCAUUCAUUCGUGGAAGGACGAGGGGAUAACAGAACCGUGGAUGUAUCCAGAGGUUUUACCAAUUGUGCGAGACGCCAUUCAGUUUCGAUAUAAAUUGCUACCACAUCUCUACACACUGGCCCAUGAAGCUAAUCGUACGGGGCAUCCCGUAAUACGACCACUCGUAUACCACUUCCCUAAAGAUCCGUAUUGUCAAUCUGCAUCGUUUGAAUUCAUGUUAGGACCAUUCCUUCUCAUAGCCUCAGUAUUAGAAGAAGCUGCUGUAUCCAGACAAGUGCAUCUUCCAUUUGGUGUAGACUGGUGCUGUAUUUGGAGUGGUAUGUGGUAUAAAGGUGGUAGCGAUGUCGUUGUAAAUGUACCAUUAGAACAACAUGGUGCAGUCUUUGCACGAUCUGGUAGUCUAAUACCCACUGGAGGUUUAAUGAACUAUGUUGGUGAGAAGGCUGAUACUGAACGUCUUAUUUACGUCUAUAUUGGCGCUCAAGACUAUGGGCGUUGGGAGUAUAUCAUGAUGGACGAUCAAGGUGAAAAUGUAGAUGGGAGAUUAAGCAUGGUCGCCGUUUAUGCUGAAUGCGACGAAGGUGAUAAUGUUGUCAGAGUCGGUGUAGAUGUGCUGGUUGAUGCUGGUGUUGGUAUAGCUUAUUCCAGGGUAUGGUUCGUUUUGCCUCACGGAGAUAGCAGGACUAUGGUUCCUAUCGGGACUGAUGCAGGACAACGUACAGGAGACGAUGGCCGUACCCAUGUGGGCGUUCGAAUCCUCCGACAGCUGUCAGAUCUGUAA